UAACUUGUUGUUCCUGUGUAACAAUUCAGCGAAGAACAAUUCUCUAAAAAGUUCGAGCAAAUUUUUAAGUAAUUUGAUUUGGGAGGAAAUAACAAAAUUCUCGAUAUUCUUGAAUAUUCUCUUCUCAUGUGCGAAAAAGGAAUUCCGAUUGGAACGCAGUGAACAUUGAACUGAAGAUCUGCGGCAGAAGUUGUUUGAGGUUAACAAGGGCAAGAUGAAGAGAUCACACUCGCAGAGAGACGAGAAAGAGAGCGAGGAGCGCUAUCACAAACGCAGGGAUGACAAGCGCGACGACCACAAGGAAUCCAGGCACGACGAUCGUAGGAGUUCCAGGCAUCACGAUGAUCAUAGGAGCUCCAGACAUUACGAUGAUUACAGAAGCUCUAGGCAUCACGAUGAUUACAGGAGUUCCAGGUAUCACGAUGAUUACAAGAGUUCCAGACGCAACAACGAGCACAGGUACGACGACCGUAGAAAUCCUAGGGACAGUGACGGUGAAACAGGUGAUAAGCGGAAUUCAUCCCCGCGGGAGGAAAUCGCUGAGAGGUACUAUGGAGAACCAGAUAAGACGGAAAAACGAGAGGAGAACGCUAAGCAGAAACAAACUGUGGAUUUACUGACAUCGAAAACAGGAGGCGCUUAUAUUCCACCUGCCAAGUUGCGUAUGCUCCAAGCAGAGAUCACUGACAAGUCGGGAGCCGCUUACCAACGUAUUGCCUGGGAAGCAUUGAAGAAGUCUAUCCAUGGUUAUAUAAAUAAAGUCAACACCAGCAAUAUCGGGAUCAUAACACGGGAGCUGCUACGUGAGAACAUUAUUCGCGGUCGAGGUUUGUUGGCGCGGUCCAUUAUUCAAGCACAAGCCGCAUCACCGACAUUCACUCCGGUCUAUGCAGCGCUGACAGCUAUAAUCAAUUCUAAGUUUCCCAACAUAGGCGAGCUGGUGUUGAAGCGACUCGUUUUGCAGUUCCGGCGUGGAUUUAAAAGGAACGAUAAACCUUUGUGCAUUUCGUCGGGAACAUUUAUAGCGCAUUUAGUUAAUCAGCGUGUAGCAUACGAGAUUAUAGCCUUGGAAAUAUUAACUCUACUGCUAGAAACGCCGACGGACGACUCCGUCGAAGUGGCCAUCGCGUUCAUGAAAGAAUGUGGGAUGAAGUUGACGGAGGUUACGCGAAGGGGUAUCGAAGCAAUCUUCGAAAUGCUAAGAAACAUCCUACACGAGGGACAAUUGGACAAACGAGUCCAGUAUAUGAUCGAAGUUAUGUUCCAGAUCAGAAAGGAUGGAUUUAAGGAUCACGAAGCUGUGCCAGCAGAACUGGACCUUGUGGAGGAGGAAGAUCAAAUUACCCAUUUGAUAAGACUGGACGACGAGAUGAACGCGCAAGAUAUAUUAAACGUGUUUAAGUUUGAUGCAGACUAUCAAGCUUCCGAGGAAAAGUAUAAACAGUUGUGUAAAGAGAUUCUUGGCUCGGACGUCAGCGACUCGGAAGGCGACGACGAGGACGGAGAGGAAGAGAGCUCGGAUAACGAGAGUGGCACGGAACAGACCGAAGGAAAGGAAGGAGUGAUAAUCGAUAAUACUGAAACAAAUCUGACUGCGCUUCGACGAACGAUAUACCUGACGAUACAUUCUUCGCUCGAUUUUGAAGAGUGUGCGCAUAAAUUAAUGAAAAUGCAAUUGAAACCCGGACAGGAAAUCGAGCUCUGUCACAUGUUUUUGGAUUGUUGCGCGGAGAUGCGGACGUACGAAAAGUUUUUCGGUCUUCUGGCCGGUCGAUUUUGCGCCAUUAACAAAAUGUAUGUUACGCCGUUCGAACAAAUUUUCAAGGACUCUUAUCACACGAUACACCGUCUCGACACUAAUAAAUUACGGAAUGUGGCAAAAUUUUUUGCGCAUCUGCUAUUCACAGAUUCCAUAUCAUGGAGCGUGCUCUCGUGCAUAAAACUAAACGAGGAAGACACUACGAGCUCCAAUCGAAUAUUCAUCAAAAUAUUGUUUCAAGAGCUCUCCGAGUACAUGGGUUUGGCAAAAUUGAACGAACGAGUUAAAGACAUAACGCUACAGGAGGUAUUUGAAGGGCUGUUUCCAAGAGACGACCCGAAGAACACACGCUUUGCAAUUAAUUUUUUUACGUCAAUCGGUUUGGGUGGUUUAACGGACGAUUUGAGGGAACAUUUAAAGUCUCAUCCCAAGCCAGUUGUUGUACCGACGUUGACUAUUAAGGAAGCGUCUUCAAGCUCCGAAGAGUCUACCUCAUCCAGCUCCAGCUCUAGUUCGAUGACGAGCGAUUCUUCAUCGUCGUCAUCGGAGGAAGAAGAGGAGGAGGAGGAGGAUAAUGUUUUGGUAAAGAAAAAGAAGAAGGCACAACAUAAACGAAGAGAAAAAAAAUCAUCUAAAUCGAACAAAAAAGAAGAGAAAUCUAAGAAGAUGCAAAACAAGAAGAAAAGUAAGACGUCAAAAAGAGACAAGAAAAACAGAGAUAGGAAAUAACUAAUAUAAAUAUAAAUCUUUUUUUAUUUAAUUUAUAUGUUAGAUGUAUAAUAAAUGUAUGCUAAAUAUUAAAGAGUUUAAAUACUAAAGAGUUAA